AUGGUAUUAUACCUUUUUUCCCAUUUCCUUUUUUUCUUUAUCUACCAGAGACUGAUUGAAGGUCUAAUUAUCAGCAAAUCACAGGAUCCAUUGGAUUAUCUCCUUGAACAACUGAAGAGAGAAAAUGACGACACUCCAGCAAUUGUCAUUCAUGGUCCUCCAGCAUCGGGCAAGACGACCAUAGCUCGCUUGGUGUCCAAUCAGCUGAAGGCAGCUUAUACCAACAAGGGGACUCUCUUAGCAGACGAUGUGUCAACCACCGCAGCUAAAGCAAGAAGUUGCCAGUCCAGCGGAGAGUUGUUUUGGAAGCCCCCAGACACAGUGCUGAUUGAGAGACAGACGGGCAAGAGGAUUGAUCCCGAGACAGGGGGACUGGUAGAGCCCCCUGAGGGAUGCAGAGAGGAGGCCAUGGUGGAUCGACUGAUCCUCUUUCAUCGCUUCAUCCCGGGCCUCAAGGUAGCUUAUGAGCAGUACACCAAGUCUAUCAACGCCGAUCAACCUAAAGCUGAUGUCUACUCGCAAGUAACAACAUUCCUGAGUUCCAAGACUCGAUCCUUGGCACCUCACAAUCCUCGUAUCGUCCUCCUGGGUCCCACCGGUAGCGGUAAGACUGUCCAGGCUGCCCUGCCAGCCAGCAAGUAUGGCAUCAUCGACGGAUGA